AUGCUUGGAGACCCCUCUAGCCUGGGGGUGCUGAGUCUGAGGGUGCUGAGCCUGGGGGUGCUGAGCCUGGGGAUGCUGAGCCUGGGUGCUGAGCCUGAGGGUGCGGAGCCUGGGGGUGCUGAGUCUAGGGGUGCUGAGCCUAAGGGUGCUGAGCUAGAGGGUACUGCGUCUAGGGAGCUAGAGGCCCUGCCACUGGAGGCGCUGGAGCUGGAGGCACUGGAGUUGGAGGCGCUAGAGCUGCUAGUCCCGGAGGUGCUAGAGGUAAUGUUGGUGCUGGAGGCGUUGGAGGUGGAGGUACCGGAGGUGCUGGAGCUGCUAGUCAUGGAGGUGCUCGUACUGGAGGUACUGGAGCUGCCAGAGCUGGUGGUGCUGCUGGCGCUGUGGGGUGCUGGUGCUGUUGGUACUGGAGGUGCUAGAGGUGCUACUGGUACUGGAGGCACUGGAGGUGCUCCUGGUGCUAGAGGCGCUAGAGCUAGAGGUACCAGGGGUGAUGGAGCUGCUGAUCUUGGAGGUGCUCGUACUGGAGGUGCUAGAGCUGCCAAAGCAGGUGGUACUGCUGGUGUUGGAGGUGCUGGAGCCACAGUCACUGCCUGGAUCCCCGUUGCCUGCUCGUGCUCCUUCACUGAGGUGACUGAGUUCCUGACUGAGCGUCGUGAGCCUGAGACUCGUGCUUCCACACCUGUCCGUGCUGGUCGUGUCGCCCGUCCUUGUCCUCCCCCUGUGCCAGGUACUCACACUAUGGCACUUCGUCCUUCCUCUGUUCCCCAGCGAGUUCCCCUGCCGUCUCCUCCGGCGUCCUCCCUUCCUGCCGUUCCGGACCCUGAGUCUGACUUGGUUCGUGCUGCCAUCCCUACUCUCACACGUCUUCUAGCCACAAUUGUCAUUGGCCCUUCGUUUGAGUCCGCUGCUGCGUCUGCCUUAGUUGCUGAGCUUGUUGACUUUGCUGCUGCGUGUCGUUUCGACUAUGCCACAAGUCUUGUUGCUGAGUCUGAGUCUGACUGUCCUCCGUACGUCUGGGGCGAGUGUGUUCUUGGCACGGACGUCCUUGAGCACAGGCAGGAGGACUUUGAGUGUCUUGCAGCUGCUGUACCUCAUCUCGUAGCUAUGCUACUCGCACCUAAGAGAGACCCGGAUGCACCAAACAUCCCGACCCCGCGCUAUUACGCUGAGGUGAUCACAUGUCCCUACUCCUUUCACUGUCAGACAGCCAUAGACGCAGAGAUGGCAUCGUGGAAGUCCACAGGCACUUACAACGACGAAGUUCCCCCUCCUGGGACGAACAUAGUCGAUGGCAUGUGGAUUUUCAGGGUGAAGCGGCCGACGGGUUCUCCGCUUGUCUUCAAAGCUCGUUACGUUGCACGACUAGUCUACGGUCUCCGCCAGGCGCCUCGUCAGUGGCACGACACACUGAGGACGACACUUGCGGCUCUUGGGUUUGCUCUUUCGUCUGCUGACCUGUCGCUGUUUCUGCGCAACGACACUUCGCUACCGCUGUCCUACAUCCUUGUGUACCUCGACAACUUAGUUUUUGCCACUGCUGACACUGAGGCACUCGCCCUUGUGAAGUUGGAGCUGGAGAAGAGACACACGUGCACAUACCUACUCACACAUGGUGCACCAGGUCCUUCAGUGCUUCCACUUCCUGUUCUCUUCGCCACAGCCUACUCCUUCGCCUAA